CCUUGAAAAUCGAUCUUAAAAGAUCGACGCUUUUAGGGCUUAUUUUUCAAUUGAAUUUCCAUUUUUUUACAUUUUUUUUUUGGUUUAAUAUUUUUAAUAAUUAUUUUUUUAUUAUAAAAACUCAUAAAAAUGCGAUAUGUUUCUAUUUUUACAUUUAAAAAAUGCGAAUGAACAUGCGUCUAUUUAAAAGUCACAUUCGCCGCCAUCUUGCUUUUUGAGAAAGUACUGUAUCUGUACCAUACCAGUAAAAAUCAAAUAAAAAUGUCUAGCGAUGAAAAUGACGCAAGUUUUAGUGAUGAAUCUUCAGAUGAAGAUAUCUGGGAGCCAGACAGCAGCGAUUCUGACUCAGAUAUUGAAAAUUUGAGUGAUUUUACUUCACCCAGAGACAGAGGCAAUGCUGUUCCCAAGGGAUACAAUGAUGUGGAUGAAGGACCACCAGCCCCAACACCAAAAUUUAGACCAGCCAGAGAACCAGGAGUUCAUUUGAAUGAUGAGAUUCUGACAAAGGCUGGAGUUAGAAAGUUUUUACAUCCAUCAGAUUUCUUCAAGCUGUACUUCACUGUCGACCUUGUCAAUAUGCUUGUGUUGUACACAAACAAAUAUGCUGCCCACUUCGGACCAACCAAACCAACAGUCUACAAAGGAUGGUAUGAUGUAACUGUAGAUGAAUUUUAUACUUUUUUGGGUUUGCUCAUGUAUAUGUCUAUUGUUCGAGCACCCUCUGUUUCCAAGUAUUGGAGUAGGUCAUCACUUUACAAUGGUUUAUGGGCAAGAAGCUUUAUGACUAAAAAAAGAUUUCUUCAGAUCAUGUCCUUUUUAAAAGUAUCUAAUUUUGAAACAGAGGAUCGUCAAGAUAAACUUAGUAAAAUUCGUUUUUUGUAUGAAUACAUUCAUAAAAAAUGUCAAAAACUAUACCAACCUCAUCAAAAUCUUUCCAUUGAUGAGAGAAUGGUACAAAAUAAAGGGAGAUAUGGUUUUCGGCAGUACAUACGUGACAAACCAACUAAAUGGGGGAUGAAAAUAUGGGUCCUAGCUGACUCUCUUACAGGUUAUACUUAUGACUUUGAGAUCUAUGUUGGCAAAGACAACAGUCCAUCUUCUCGUUUUGGUUUGGCUUAUGAUGUUGUUAUGCGUUUGUCUAAAAGUAUUAUAAACCAGGGAUAUGUCAUAUUUUUUGAUAAUUUUUACACUAGUUAUCAACUUUUAAAAGAUUUAUUGUUAAAAGGUAUAUGUGCUUGUGGAACAAUAUUAAAAAAUAGGAAAGGAUUCCCUAAUGCUCUAAAAGAUGUAAAAACAUUUGAGAAGAAUUCUAAUAGAGGAGAUAUGCGAUGGGUUAGGGAUGAUGAGAUUUUGACAACUCAAUGGCGGGAUAACAAAACUGUAUCUGUUAUGUCAAAUUUUAUGACAGCUAAUGGUUAUUCAUUUGUCAAAAGGAGAACUAAAAUCAAUGGAGAAUAUAGGGAAUUACUAGUGAAACAGCCUUCAAUUAUCAAGGAGUAUAAUGUGUAUAUGGGUGGGGUGGAUAAAAGUGACCAACUAAUAAAUAAAUACAAUGUUUUAAGAAAAACUAAGAAGUAUUGGAAAACUCUAUUCUUUCAUUUUAUAGAUAUUGCUAGAGUAAACAGUUACAUUCUUUUUCAAGAAUGGAGAAAAACCCAUUCUGACAUACCAGAGCUCAAAAGACCUAACCGUUAUUUACAGCUUGAUUUUACAGAAGAACUAACUCGUGAAUUAGGAAAAAUAGAAAAGUACCAAAGUGUUCCUACUGCAUCAAAUGUCAAACAGUCUAAAAAAACUACCCAUUCUAUAAUCCCAGAAUUUUCACAAACCAGACGUAACUGUAAAUUGUGCUACCAAACUUUGGGGGUGGAAAGAAAAGUUAGCACUAAAUGUGGGGAAUGUGAUACAUAUCUCUGUUUCCAUGGGAAAAGUAACUGCUUACUAAAGUAUCACCAAUCAUAGUUUUUUACUUAUCAUUUUGUAUAUGUGUCUAACUUAAAUAUGUUUGUUCUAUGAAACUGGUUUUGUAACAUUUUCUAUGAAUUUUACCUUUGGAAAUUUUUUUUUUUGAAAUUUUCAUUUUUUUUCUAAUUAUGUCCCCUUAAAAUGUCAUUUUACAUUUCGUUGCAUAACUUUUUUGUUUUCUUUACAAAUUACUUUAAAUUUGUUUUCCUUUGUAGAGAAAUGAAUUCUCUUCAAAAUAAAUAUGUUUGAUUUAAAUUUACUUU